CGAGCUCAUUCGUCUCCUCCUCUUCCUCGAUCGCUCUCGGUUCUCGACGAAGAUGACGAAGGUGCACCCCAACGCGGCGGCGGCGGCGGUCGCGGAGCUGCGUAGGGCUGAGUUCCCCUGCGCCGGCGGGGCGAGGGCCACGGAGGCGGAGGUGCUCACCGUGUGGCGGAAGUCGCUCCUCUUCAACGGGAAUGGGUUCACGGUGUACGACUCCAAGGGGAACUUGGUGUUUCGAGUCGAUAACUACUCCGCGGGGAGUAGAGGUGAGGUCGUUCUCAUGGACGCCGCCGGGAGGCCGCUGCUCACGAUCCGGAGGAAGAAGCUUAGCCUCGGUGACCACUGGCUAAUUUACAACGGCGAGGAGGCCGUCAAUCCCCGGUUUGCUGUCAAGAAGCACGCAGGCCUCCUGCACUCCAAGGCGCUGGCACGGGUGACCCCCUGCGGCUCCGGCGCCAAGUCGUGCCUUGCCUAUGACAUCGAGGGCUCCUACUCGCACCGCUGCUGUGCCGUCUACGACGACAGGCGGCAGCAGUUGGCGGAGAUCAAGAGGAAGGAGUCUGUCCACGGCAUCACCCUUGGCCACGACGUGUUCCGCCUGAUCGUGCAGCCAGGUCUCGACGCAUCCUUUGCCAUGGCCAUGGUGAUACUCCUGGAGCAGAUGUUUGGGUCUCGAGGAUCCCUGCUCAAAGGUUAGAUUGCUCUAUGGCUAUUGGGCUUGCGUUUACAAGGUUGGUGGGCUCUCUUGGGCAUCCAUCUCAUGUGAAGCAAUACAUGUAGUCAAUAACAUGAGAUGAGAUGGAAGAAGAGCAAAAAAAAAAAAGGGCAGAGAGGGAAAUCAUCCUUUUUGUUGUUUCCUUUACUUCUGUAUGAAGAGAACAUAGGGAUAGGAUUGCAGCUAUUGGGAUAUGCUAAUCUUAAAGACAAGGCCACUUGAUGCAUAUAAAAUCAUAUUACAGCGAUGAGUUGGUAAA